GCGCCGUGAGGCGAUUGGCGGGCGCUGUCCGCGCAGGCGCGCGCCGCCGGCGGCAGAGCCGGGCCCGCGGAGCCGAGCGGCGGCAGCGGCGGUUCCGGAGCGCGGCCGGGCCGGGAGCGGCCCCGUAGCCAUGAAGAUCUGGACCUCGGAGCACGUGUUCGAUCACCCCUGGGAAACUGUGAUGACGGCUGCCAUGAGGAAAUACCCCAACCCCAUGAACCCCAGCGUGGUGGGCGUCGAUGUCCUGGACAGGCACGUGGAUCCCAGCGGGAAGCUGCACAGCCACCGGCUCCUGAGCACGGAGUGGGGAAUCCCGGCCAUUGUGAAAUCGCUCAUUGGCACCUGCAGGACAAGGACAUAUGUGCAGGAGCACUCUGUUGUUGACCCUGUGAAAAAAACAAUGGAGCUUAAAUCCUGUAAUAUUUCAUUUACAAACCUCGUGUCAGUUGAUGAGAGACUUGUCUAUAAACCACACCCUCAGGAACCACACAAAACCAUUCUGACACAAGAAGCAAUAAUAUCUGUAAAAGGUGUCAGUCUCAGCAGUUACCUAGAAGGGCUAAUGGCAAACACAAUUUCUUCCAAUGCUAAAAAAGGCCGUGAAGCAUUGGAAUGGGUAAUUAAAAGACUGAAUGCUGAAAUUGAAGAGUUUGCAGCUUCAGCAAGAGGAACCAUGAGGAAUUCGAUGGCAGCAGCAGCAUUUGUAGAGAAAUGAUAAUAGUUCUUAGACCUGUAUCACUAACGAGGCUUAACGACCUGCAGCCUCUCUCCAGGCCUAAUUACAUGUAUCCUUUGUUAUUUAAAGGAUGUGUGUAUGAGGCAUGUUAUAAAUUUAAUUUGGAGGAAAGCU